ACAUCAUUGAUCCAAAUGCAUAAAAAGGAGCCAGUGAGUCCUAAAAAGUCAGAUCAUAGGAAACAGAAAGAUCCUGAAUCAACUUUGAAGAUGAAUCUUGUCAUUUUUUUGGUCAUGUCGUUGUUUUGCCGGCUGACUCUGUGCCAAGAUGUUCUUAUUACUCCUGACACAGAACAGACUGAGACGCAAUCUGUCUGUAAUCCUGAUGUGCGAGAACUCCUGAAAGAGUUAGGUGCCUUGAGAGAAAAAGUGGGAGGCUUGGAAAACAGGCUGAAGGAAAGCGAAAAGCAGAUUGAAGAACUGAAGAGCAAAGAAAAACGUCAGGUUAUUUUCAGUGCAGCGGCAGAUGGAAGUGGACACAUUGGACCCUUUAACACACACACGACCUUAAUCUACAAAACAGUGAUGAUCAACACUGGCAGCGCCUACAAUCAAUUCACAGGUAUUUUCACUGCACCCGUUACAGGCGUUUAUUACUUUAUCUUCUUUUAUCAUGCCGGAGGAAACAACCCAACAGAUCUAUCGCUCUUCAAGAACAAUGAGCUUGUGUCUAUGGCCUAUGACCACCGUACAGAGCAUGACGGGGCUGAUAAUGGAGGCAACGCAGUGUUCCUGCAGCUGCAGCAAGGGGACCAGGUGUUUGUGCGCUUGGGUGAAAAUACACAUAUUUGGGCACAUACACACAUUACCACUUUCAGCGGUUUUCUGCUUAGUCAAGGAUGAGAAAGAGUGCAUGAUGAUCGGACUGAUAAAUAACAGGAUAUUCUAAUAAAUGAUUUUAUGCUUUCAUCAUAGUGUGUCAAAAUGUCUCCACGAACCCUAAAAAACAGGCUUGAAAGAAGAAGAACAGCAGUUAGAAAAACUUAAAUGGGGACAAUCUUUUAAAGGAGUCAGUGCAUCCAUGGUUGUUUAGUAUCAACAAUGAAACCUUUAACCAUUGAACUGCAUUUUGUCAAAUCAUUUCAUACAUUUUGUGAAAUGUUGUGUUCUCAUUUUUGUAAAUGUGUUUUCCAAAGAUA